AUGUUCGUCAUAAACCCUUCUGUUAUACUUAACAGCGAUGGUCAAUUGACCGGCCAAGCUGACGAUGAAACCCCGCAACAAUCAUCGAAAACAAUGACAAGGCAAACUAAUAUUACUAAAAAAUACAACUGCUCGAAACAGAACAGAAAUAAAAAAAAGUCCUCGAAAAAAGUGGUCAAACUAGAUUCACUCCCGAAGACCAUAAACUCCAGACGCUCACAAAACACUCAUUCGAUGAGAGAAUCUGAGACUGUUUUUAAACUCAACGGUGUCGUCAGCACUUCUCACAUUUUAGAUUUCGACACGAUGUACCUACACCCCGGCGAUGUUAUCAUCGACAGUGACGACACGGAAGAUGAAGAUAACUCAAAAAAUACUGGCACAAUUCAAAGUCCACAUGAUUCCGAUGAGCUCAAACAUUAUUCAAAGCUUCUACGAGACUUGAAGAAAUUGGGAUCAAACAGACAACAGACUAAUAAAUCAAUGGUAAACAGACAAUUUGUUUCCAAACCGCGUAAGAUUAUCGAAGGAGACACUCCACAACGGCCAUAUCCUAAGAAUUUAUGUGGAUACGACAGACAUGAAUGUGGAACUGCUACUGAGAUUUUCGAUAUGAUUUUUCCGAAAAAAAACGACUCCAACCAUUGUUCAUUGACAAAUUUAAACUUGUCAGCUGUCGUUGAGCACUGUGAUAAACUUGUCAAAAAACGUCAAGCAGUAUUGGAAUCGUACACGGGCAUUACUGAAGAGAGCAGAAAUCGAAAAAAACGGCUGGAGAUAUUACUUAAUCUGCAAGAAAUUCUUUGGCUCAUCCACUUUGGGAAAUUCGACGACUCUCUGGAGAAGACCUUCCGUCUAAUGAUUCUGAAGUUCAACUGUCGAUUCGAUAAGGACAAACGAUUGAAACUGAUAAAAAAUAAUGAAUUGUCUUUGGUUUGGAACAGAUUUAUUGAAUUAGAAAAUUCCUCAAUUAUGUGUCAAAGAGAAACUGACUGGAAACUGAGACCAGUAUUCAUAGAUGGUCUGGCAUACCUUGGCAUGUUUUCCUCUUCAACCGAGUUCCCCUUACCUAAUAUGCAAACAAGAACUCUCCUCGAGAUUCUCUUACAUUUCAUUCUCGACGGCCAUAAGACUUCUGUAUACUUGCCAUCAUUUUACGAAAAUGCCCAUGACCAUGUUGAUGAUAUAGAUGCUUUCCAAUUCUUAAUCAACUCUAAACUUAUUCGGUUCGUGAACGAGCGAAACAGGAAAUUUGUGGCAAAGCAAGUUCUAGCAGAAGCGGAAAAGACUCACGGAAUAGUUGUAUCUCCUAUGGAAAACCUGGCAUGUCUUAAUUCCAUUCAUUGCUUUCCUAUAGUCAGGAAGUCAUCUUCAAAAAUUGACGAAUUCCUACUCGUCACAUGCUUCAAGGAAUCCAGUUCCAUAAAUGAAAAAUUCGAAUACGAGGUGGAUCGAACAACAACAAGCAUAUUUUCGAAAGCUGUCGGGUUGACUGGCAAUCCGCUUGAUUCAGACGUAGAUGACAAAAAGGAACAAGGCGAAGACCACACUUCUGCACGUUUUGAGGAAACUGUGCACGCAGAGAGUACAGAAAGUAAUUUAGUAUUAGAAAUGCCGGAGAGCUAUUCUCACUUAUUCGAAGAUUCCGAAAAAUCAGAUAUAAAUGAGUUAAAUAAAAAUGAAACUUCGAGCAUAUCUGACGAACUUGUGAACAACAAGUUUUCACACAGUCCUAUUGCCACCACGUCAAAUACGGAAACUGGACUAGACUCUGGUGUGGGAGUUGACAUUUCUGAUGAAGCCGUGGGUUUAGGAAGGAAUCGCGUUGGCCCGGAAACAGCAAUGCAAGUGACGCUUGGUGAUUCUGAAACCUAUCAAGACUUAGCUAGAAAAUGUCGAUUAUACUCAGCCACAGAGAAAGCGCGAGUUAAAACUUCUCCACAUCAACUCACACUCAAACGACAAGUAUUUCUGAUCUCCUCAUUCACUCAUCUCGCCAAGUUUAAUUUUGGACGUAGCAGCCAAAUCAAAGUUUUUCUUAGAUUAAUCGCACAGUUUACCCCCGAACUUUUGCCGCAUUUUCUGCAAAAGUCUGCAAUAUUUGAAGUUGGCACUGCGAUUGAAAAUUUGAAGAACGAACAAGAUUUGACUGUCUGGCCUAUUUUCUCAGUACUCGACUCAUGUUUGUAA